CUAUAAUCCGGAGCUACCUACCGAUAGUUGGAAGGUGGUCAAAAUCAACGAAAGCGGUAAAGCGACGAUGCAGGUUGUCCUGCUUCUAAAUAAGGACUCCAUAGAGUUGUUGGAGCAAAAGAGCGGGGUCAUACGUUACGGCUGUGACAUGGCCAAAAUUAAGGUCUACAGCAACGACGUAAACGCAGCGAGGAACCUGAUCGCGGAGGUAGAGCCGGAAGAGGCCAACAGCGACGUGGAGAUGGAGGAAGAAUCCGAGCAGGUUGAUCCGAUGGACGACCUGACCGGGGGUUAUGCCUCAUCGACGUCUUCGCUGGGGGUCGGACGCAUGCUUCGGCUUUAUACGGAGGAGGAGUUGAUCGAGAUGUCGGAAGACGCGGUCAACUCCACCCUAAUAGGCGACGUGGGCGAUAACGGCCAAGAUGGUGAAGGUACUGCAGAUUAACCUUCACCACUGUAAAGCAGCUUCAGCUGCACUGCUGCUCCGUCUAACAGCUAAAGGGGCAGCCGACAUCGUCCUAAUCCAAGAACCUUGGGUGGUGGGACAAAACAUUUGUGGGCUGAAAGCGCCGGGCUACAGACUGCGACGAGGACACAACAGCGGUCAGUCUAAGUGCAAAC